AUGGAACCUAGCGACUACGUGAUGCAAGUAGUCACAUAUCCCACUGCUGUCGAUGCUAUCCGUCGUCGUCAGUACGUCGACGAUAUGUUGACUAGUGUUGACACUGUGGAAGAAGCAGUCAAACUAGCAAAUGAUGUUUGCUACAUCCACCGCAAGGGAGGAUUCCACAUGAGGAACUGGGUAUCGAAUUCACCAGCUGUACUCAAGGCCCUCGGAGAAAAUCCGAAGUCCGAGAAGUCCAUGGAGAUGAAUGCAGAGCUCGCUAUGGAAAAGAUUCAAGGGCUCAUUGCGCACUACCUGAUGUACCUUAAGUUACUGCUUCAGGAGAUCUGGCGGGCUCAAACUGGAUGGGAUGAGACCAUCGGCCAGAAACAUCUGGAGAAAUGGUUGACUUGGUUGCGCAUACUGCCUGAGCUGGAAUCCGUCCGCAUACCACGGUGUUACUUUCUCCACAAUGCAAGGAUUGACGAAGCUACAGUGGAGCUCCAUACUUUCGUGGAUGCCAGCGAAAGUGGCUUCGCUGCCGUGUCAUUUUUCCGCUUCGAAAUAGAUGAUAACAUCGAGUGUGUUCUUGUUGGAAGCAAGACGAGAGUGGCACCUAUCAAGUUCGUUUCCAUACCUCGCUUGGAGUUACAAGCAGCAGUUGUUGGCGCGCGUUUGGCUCGUAGCAUUGUAGAAGGGCACUCCAUCAAUAUCGCUCACCGCUACUUUUGGACGGAUGCCCGGGACGUUAUGUGCUGGCUGCAGUCCGAUCACCGCCGAUAUUCCCAGUUUGUGGCCUUUCGUGUUGGCGAAAUACUUGAGACGACCGACAUCGCUGAGUGGAGAUGGCUGGGCACUAAGCACAACGUCGCUGAUGAUGGAACCAAGUGGAAGUUCAAACCAGACCUCAAACCAACAAGUCGUUGGUUCGUAGGACCUCCGUUCCUAUGGAAGCCGAAAAGUGAGUGGCCAGUGUCGUCCCUACAGGGUGAGGAGACCUAUAAUGAGAUUCGAGCUAAUCUGCUGCAUCACAUCGAAAACAAACCCCAAGCUAUUCUUCUGCCGGAAAACUACUCUUCUUGGCAACACUUGCGGCGUGUGACAGCAUUCGUCAAGCGUUUCAUCGAAAACAUAAAGCGAAAGAAAAACAGGCAACCAGCAGAAAUCGGUCCGCUCACAAGUGAGGAACUUUCAACAGCAGAGGUGUUUCAGUUUCAGCGAGCCCAAGAAGAUGCGUACGGCGAAGAGUUAGCAGUAAUAACAGACAGUCGCCGUCUGAAGAAGAAGAACCGCUUGUACAAAGUGAACCCUUUUAUCGACGAUCGUGGCGUGAUGCGAAUUCACAGUCGUCUUGGCGAAUGUGACUUUGUAGACGAGAGUGAUAAAUACCCAAUCGUGCUCCCGCGAGACCAUCCAACUACACGUCUCAUCGUCUCUAAUGUUCAUCAGCGUUACCAUCACCAAUGUCACGAAACCUGUGUGAACGAAGUUCGUAAACAGUUCUAUAUUCCUCGAGUGCGCAGAGUUUGCGACCAAGUGCGUCGUGAAUGUCAGUCGUGUUUGAUCACCAGUGCGAGACCAGAACCACCAGCGAUGGGACCUCUUCAAAAGGCGCGAGUUGCAGCUUUAUACGUCCAUUCUCAUACGUGGGUGUGGACUUCUUCGGCCCGUUUCGUCCUUAUCAGUCGCCGACAUGAGAAGCGCUGGGGACUGAUCGUUACAUGCCUAACAACUCGGGCCAUACAUCUCGAACUUGCCGCUUCGCUGAGCACCAAGAAGGAGCUGAAGGCUGCGUUGGCGGGGCUAGACCUGGAUAUGCUGACGACUGAAUUCACCACUCCGGCAACAUCGUGGCGUUUCAACCCUCCAGCGUCACCUCACAUGGGUGGCUCCUGGGAACGUCUCAUCCAAUCGGUAAAGAAGAUUUUAGCUGCAGUUAAACCCCAGAGAGUGCCUACAGAAGAAGUGUUGAGAAGCUACCUAAUCCAGGCAGAGAAUAUCGUCAAUAGCCGCCCACUGACACACGUACCUGUAGAUGACGUGUCGUCACCAGCGUUGACCCCAACCACUUUCUGUUAG